AUGGAAUGGGCUGCUGGCGAGCCUGCAUGGGUGGCGAAGGCGCUUGAAGAGACAUCCAAACCGAAGAUGGAUGCACCGAGUCUGCCGAACUUUGACUUUGCCGACCAGGGACUGGAUUACGAGAGCCUUACGCUAGCUCGGAUGAGGCGCGCUGAGAGGGAGAGGCUGGAGCGCGAGAUCAGGGAGCAGGAGGGCGAGUAG